UUCUCAACUUUCCCAAAUUUUACGGCCUUUUGAAGAAAUAACAAGUACAAUAAGUAGCCAAAAAUACUUGAAGGGUAGUUCAGUGAUUGUUAUGGUACGCUGCUUGCAAGAAUCUUGCAAUAAAAUUUUAGCAAACGAUAACUUUACAUCCAUAGUAUCCGACGUUGUACAAUUACUAAUAUCGGGUUAAGCAAAAAUAUUUAGAGGGAAAGAACAGACUAAAAAAAUAAAAGAAAGAGUUAAGAAGCUGGUUACUUCUAUAAUGAAAGAAGAUUGUACUAUUGAAAAUCAACCAGUACAAGAAAAAAAAACGGAUAAAGAUGACUUAAGUCCAUGGUUUAUUUUUGAUCAAUUAAUUGGACAUGACUCAUGUAAAAAUAAACACUAAAUAAGCAAUGUAUGGGUAAGCUGGAGGCAUUUGAGAUGUGGGCGUACCGAAGAAUGUUAAAAAUCUCCUGGAAGGAUAAGAUAACUAACCAAGUUGUAUUAGACAGGAUAAACAAACAAAAGGAGGUCGUAUUGAGUGUUAAAAUGAGGAAACUACAAUACCUGGGACAUAUUAAACGUGAGAAUAAAUAUCAACUGUUACAACUAAUUAUGCAAGGAAAGAUUGAAGGUAGGCGCAGCAUAGGUAGGAGAAGAAUGUCAUGGUUGAGAAACCUCAGGGAGGGGUUUGCUUGCACUUCCAUACAAUUGUUCCGAGCGGAACAAUUCAGGGUCAAAAUUGCCAUGAUGAUAGCCAACCUUCGUAGCGGAGAUGGCACGUGA